AGUUUCCAGCUGCUCCUCGCCCCAUUUGUUUUACGUUUUCAUUUCUUUCUGACCAUCUGGAAGAGAAGACAGGGUAAACUCAUCCUCUUCAAGCAUGCAAAGCCUCAGUGACAUAAUGUGUUUCCUCCUGGUUCUUCUGCUACCGGUUCCUGUGCAGAUGUUAAACCUUCAAGGGAAUAAAAGCCCAAAGGCCAUGAGAUUCAUGGAGGUGCAAAACAAGAGUAUGUGCCGACCGAUUGAGCAGCUUGUGAAUGUGGAGGGGGAGUUCCCUGAUGGUGUGGAGCACAUCUACAUACCUUCUUGUGUCCCACUGUUUCGCUGCUCUGGCUGCUGUACUGAUGAGGCUAAGGAGUGCUAUCCUACCAAUAAACGCAACAUCACCUUAGAGGUGAAUCGGUCGAGUCUGUACGUGAACCUCACGUUUGUGGAGCAUCAGGAAUGUGGAGAGAGGCUGAAAGAAACAUAUCAAAAUAAUACACGCAGGGACAGACCUCCAAGGAGAAACCGCAGAAAGGACAAGCAGAAGCUGUGAAAAGUGCUAAUCCUCUCAAAAGAAGAUAAAUCUUUAUUGAUGAAAAAGUGAGAUCAACAUUUUCAUCCUCUGUACAUAGCUACCUUCCUGCAGUCAUCCCACCAGAAGGCAGUUCUUCUUCUGGAAACUUCUCUUCACUAUUUAUCAAAGAAAAAUUUCCAUUCUUUGAUCCUGGCUGCUGUUUGUUUUGGACCAAAGUCAACUCAGUCUUUAAAACCUACCUGUUCUUAUGUGAGGUUUGGACAAUGUAAGUAAAUUACAGAAUACAGAAGACUUUAUGUGUAUUUAAACUUAUUAUGUAACCGUUUGUAAACACAAAUGCCAUGAAUAAUUUAUAAUCAGUGAGGCAUGUAUGUAUUUUUGUGAAUAAAAUAUAUGCAAACA